GGGGAUGCCCGCCCCAAAACCACCCCACACCUCAGCUGUUGGCGCUGCAGACCUGCUUCCCACCCUCCGUGCCUCUUGGCCAAGCCGCCUUUUGUGAACCGUUCCUGCUUGGGGAGGGGCAGGAGGGCAAAGGUGCAGAGGCUUUUGGAGCCAGCAGCAACACCGACCAACACCCAGCAGGGCAUCGCCCUGCCGUCACCUGCAACACCUCCAGCACACGUGAUCCGGGGUGGACUUCACCUGACAGACGCUGCUCUGGGCACAGUCCCACCACAGGAUCCAGCUGCCAGCAGGGAAAGCAGCCAGCACCGCAGAGACUCACCACCAGCCAUGGGGACAGAAGACGUGGUCAGGGAGGAGCUGGGCAGCCUCCACGGCAUGCCCCUCUACAAAUGCUUCAUCGAGGGCUGGCCACAAGUGGAGGCUUUCCAAGCCCGGCCAGAUGACUUGCUGAUCGCCACCUACCCCAAAUCAGGCACGACAUGGCUAAGCGAGAUCCUGGACAUGAUCUACCAGGACGGCAAUGUGGAGAAGUGCCGACGGGAUGCAAUCUUCAACCGGGUCCCCUUCCUGGAAAUGAAGGCCCCCAUGGUACCAAGUGGCAUCGAGCAACUGGAGAAAACCCCAUCCCCACGGCUGGUGAAGACCCAUCUCCCAGUCCACCUCCUCCCAAAGUCCUUCCAGGACAAGGGCUGCAAGGUCAUCUACAUGGCCCGCAACCCCAAGGAUGUUGUCAUCUCCUACUACUACUUCUACCAGAUGGCCAAGAUGCACCCUGACCCUGGCACACUGGCCACAUUCCUGGAAAAUUUCAUGGCUGGCAAAGUGGCCUAUGGGUCCUGGUAUGAGCAUGUGCAAGGCUGGUGGGAGAAGAAGCAGGAGAAGCAGCUCCUCUACCUCUUCUAUGAGGACAUGAAGAAGGACCCACGGCGGGAGGUGCAGAAGAUUCUGCAGUUCCUGGGCAAGGAGGUGGCAGAGGAGACAGUGGCAAGGAUCCUCCACCACACCUCCUUCCAAGAGAUGAAGAAGAACCCUGCUGCCAACUAUGAGACUAUGCCCACCGCCCUGAUGGACCACAGCCUCUCCCCAUUCAUCCGGAAAGGGAUUGCUGGGGACUGGAAGAACCACUUCACUGUGGCCCAGAACGAGCGCUUCGACCAGCACUACCAGAAGCAGAUGGCAGGCUCUGACCUCCACUUCCAGAUGGAGCUGUGAGGGGCUCAACCCCUUCCUGGGGAAUCUCUGCUUCUCGUUGCUCCCCUGGCACAGAGGGUGGGUCCAGAAGAAGCACCUUCACGACAGUUAGCUUUUUCCCCUGCAAUAAACUGGGAUAACUGGA